AUGUUCUGGUGGAUUGGAGUGUACGCGGUGUUCUUGUGGUGCUACAAUGGAUUUCUGGAGUCCUUGCUGGGAAUCAUUUGGGGUUCGCUGAAGAACCUACUUAAGCGGGAGCGUUUUCCGGAAAGAUACGGAAAAUGGGCCGUCGUCACUGGUUCGUCGGACGGCAUUGGCCGACAGUACGCCGAUCAACUUGCCCAAAAGGGCAUGAACAUCUUGCUCAUUUCGAGAACUGAACACAAGCUGAUCGCAGUAGCCGCUGAAAUCGAACGCAAGUAUGGCGUCCAAACCAAGUGGCUCGCCGUUGACUUUUCCAAAGGGCCCGAAAUCUACAAACCCUUGCGCGAGCAGCUUGCUUCGAUCGAGGUCGGCAUGCUGGUUAACAACGUGGGUCAUCUACCGCCACCGUCGCAGACGUUUGAGGAAAACUUCGAGCACGAUAUAAAUUCCGUCAUUCGGUUAAAUGUUGUCGCGACCACCAUGAUGACCCGGAUCGUCCUUCCGGGAAUGUUACGCCGCCGCAAGGGGAUCAUCAUCAACGUUUCGUCCAGCUCGGGGUACCAUCCGGUGCCGGGCAUGGCCAUCUAUGCCGCGUCCAAGGUCUACACGACCAGCUUUGGGCUGGGUUUGGCGCACGAACUGCGAGGAACGGGCGUCGAGUGUCAAACCGUAACACCUUUUCUGGUUAGUACCAGCAUGUCCCAGGAGUUUACCAAGAAUCUGUCACCGUUGACGGCGGUUCUCGAUGUGAAGCGGUACGUGAAGGCGGCCGUUUGUACCAUUGGGAAAACUGCUUACACAUGUGGGCACUGGAUGAAUACUUUGCAGCUUUUUUAUAUCAACAUCGUUUCGCCAAGUCUUGCUGCCUACAUUAUUGGAAUAACAUUGAAGCAACGAAGAUCAGAAUUACUGAAGAAAAAAUAAGUUCAAUAUUUCCAAAAUCAAAUCCAAAUUUUGAACUUGAAUCAAAAAUAUUAUAUAUAUAUAUGUUUAAAUAAAAAUUUAUAAAAAACGACAUGUCAGAAAUCCGGGCAAACUUCAACAACAUUGCAGUUAACUUCAUUAAGC